AUGAUUGAAAAAAUAGUUAAUUUCACAAAUAUUCAACUUGAUAAGCUUCGAAGAAAUUAUAAAAACGCAAAAGAUGUUCGUCCGACUUCUGAAAUUGAAAUUAGAGCCGUUCUUGGUUUGUUGUAUAUGAUUGGUGUAAAAAAAGGCAAUCAUGUGAAUUUAAAAGAAUUUUGGGCUUCAGACGGAACAGCACCGGAUUUUUUUCGAGCUUCAAUGAAUCUUCAGCGGUUUUAUGUUUUGAUUAAUGCAUUGCGUUUUGACAAUAUUCAUACUCGAGAUGAAAGAACGAAAUUGGAUAAAUUAGCGGCAAUACGAGAGAUCUUUGAUAUGUUUAACGAUAAAUGUAAAGAAUGCUAUACACCUGGUCAAUAUUUAACAAUUGAUGAAAUGCUGGAAAGUUUUCGAGGGAGGUGCAGUUUCCGUCAAUAUAUGCCAAAGAUACCAGCAAAAUAUGGUCUAAAAAUGUGGGCUUUGGUGGAUUCUCGUUUAUUUUACACCUCCAAUAUUGAAAUUUACGGAGGAAAACAACCGAAUGGACCUUUUAAUAUUUCUAAUUCCGUAGAUCAAGUUGUUAAACGUAUUUCCGCUCCAAUUUUAGGCACAGGUAGAAACAUUACGAUGGAUAACUAUUUUGCAUCUAUACCAUUGGCUGUUGAUUUAUUAGAUCACCACAGAACAACUGUUGUAACAACUUUGCGCAAGAAUAAAAGAGAAAUACCUCCUCAAUUUCUUCAGACCAAAGGAAAGGCUGUGAACUCUAGUAUGUUUGGUUUUACUGAAAAAUGUACUUUAGUUUCAUAUGUUUAA